GUAAAACGAAGGUGCAAUCAAUAUUUCCUUCUCAAAAAUCAAUAUCUUUUUUCAGGCACAACAUUUUCUCUCUUAUUGACUCGCCCAUAGCUUAUCAGCUUCAAUUUCCAUAGCAGGAAUUGUAGUUGAAGCUGAUGAGCUGAAAGUUACAAUGGAUAGUAACAAAGAUGAGGCUUUAAGAUGCAUUGAUAUUGCUAAGGAAGCAAUAGCGUCGGGCAAUAGGCACAAAGCGCUUAAAUUUAUUGUAAUUGCGCGUCGCCUUAAUAAAAAUCUAGCUGUGCAUGAUCUUUUGGCUGCUUGUGAAAAUCUUGAUUCGUCGAGUCAUGGUAACUUCAGUGAGGUUAAAAAUGAUGUUGCUAAUGUGAAAAAUGAGACAGGUGAUGUGAAGAAUUACAGAGAGGAACAUGUUGAGUUGAUUAGAAGAAUUAAGAGUAAAAAAGACUAUUAUGAAAUUCUUGGUUUGGGGAAAAGUUGUUCAUUUGAUGAAAUUAGGAAAGCAUACAGGAAACUGUCGUUGAAAGUUCAUCCUGAUAAAAAUAAGGCUCCGGGUUCUGAAGACGCGUUUAAAAAAGUCGCGAAGGCGUUUAAGUGUUUGAGCGAUGAUGGUUCGAGGAGACGGUAUGAUGAGACGGGUUUUGCUGACGAAUUCGUGGAUAGUCAGCAUCAGCAUAAUGUUAGUGGCAUGAGGAGAAGAACCAGGCACGACUAUAAUUUUGGUGAUGAUUUUGAUCCUGAUGAGCUUUUCAGGUCAUUUUUCCGUCAAGAUGAUGACGUGUUUAGGACAACUUAUGUUUACAGGACGAGAAGUACUGGCGCUGAGUUGAGAGUGGAGUUAAGUCCUGUUGCUCGUAAAUUAGUUCUUCUCCUUCAAUUAUUGUUGCUUUUGCUUAUUGUUCUACUUGUUUUUCAUCCUUACUUCAAUUAAGUUUGAGAUGAUCUUAGAUAAACAUAGAGAAGAAUUUUUUUAUCUUGCCUGAAUUUGAUCAGAAGUGUCGUCUUGAAAGCCCUGCUCGAUAUAACGUCGAAAACUGUGUUAGUCGAUAUGCUUGGUCGGAGACGGGUACGACUUUCAUUGGAUAUGGGAUUGAGACUAUGAGUGGCAUGGAAUUGCUUUGUCGAUAGAUCCAAAUUUACAUCCACCCAUCUAAGAGAUUUUUUCGUGCCAGUAUUGUCCGCCUCAGCCUUCUUUCCACCCCUUUGUACAAAUGUUCAUAGGCAAAAGAGACCUUUUUUGCUUGUGUCAAUAGGAUCAGCCAGUGUUCCGUGUGUAAGGCCAUUUCCCGAAAGAUGUUUCUACAAUGGAACAAGAACCGUCUAACUGCUGACUGCGACAGAAUUCAGAAUUUUGGAGCAGCAUGAGGUCUGUUGACUAGAUGCAAGGAGCUUUCACGUGAUAAUUGAACACCUUCCAUAUAUCCUAAGGGAGCUUGGCCCGGUAGACAAGGCUUGAAAUAAAGCAUCAGUAACCAGCCAUCUUUCUGAUGUAGUUAGUAGUUGCCUCGAGAGCUAGUAGCGGAGGCGCGGUUUUCACUAGACAUGUUAAAAUGUCACGCUUGGCAGUUGAAUUCACAACGUAUAGCAUUUUUUGAGUGCCUUUUUGCCACUACACGACUUGACGCUCCCCCUAUAUAAGAUGGAUUCAA